AGAGGAACAAUGUUUUUGUUUUUAAAAAAGCUCGGACCUUGCAAUAUACUGUGGACAAGAACUGUGCAAAGAAGAAAAGACCUUUCUUGAAAAAAGGAAAGAAAGAGCUUAUCGAGUGAUGCAAGAACUGUUAGGAAAAGACGCUCCAAAAACACCAAACGAGGUUCCAACAAUAGCUGUAAUGGGAUCUGGUGGUGGUUUCCGUGCAAUGACAGCCUAUUCUGGAGCAAUGGGUGCCCUGGUGGACUCUAAAAUUGCAGAUAUGGUUAUGUAUAACUUGGGUCUCUCUGGCUCAGCUUGGUACCUUUCGACUCUCUACUCCAAUCCUGAGUUUCCUAGAAAAUCUCCACGUGAGCUUCGCAAAGAGCUAGGUGAAAGUAUUGAAUCCAGUCCGAGGUGGAUCGUGUUUAAUCAUAGGAAUUGGAUAAAGUGUAUAUCAGAUGUGAGAUCGGCAAAGGCAAGUGGGCAACCUUUCAGCUUCACGGAUGUCUACGGUCAUAUGGUCGGCGAAACACUUCUCAAAGGAAGAAUAAAUUCAAAACUGACGGAUCAGCGAGAAAUGUUAAAGGAGGGAUUGGUUCCUUUACCUUUGUACGCAGGUGUUCACGUAAAACCUACGACAUCGGCUAAAGUCUUUCACGAGUGGGUAGAGUUCAGUCCAUACCUCAUAGGCAUGUCAAAGUAUGGCACAUUUAUGCGAACAGAAUUAUUUGGAAGCAAAUUCUUCGAAGGAAGGCUAAUAACAAAAUACGACGAGUCACCACUGCAUUUUUUCCAAGGCCUUUGGGGAAGUGCAUAUUGUAUUUUGCUCAAUCGUUUUGUUGGCGUAAGCCCAGAGAAGACGGAAAAUGAAGACGAGGAACGAGAAGAACUUGAUAAAGAAGUGGAUGAAGAAUUAGCAACACUUGCCGAAAAUGAUGAUGAAAGUAGCGAUGAUGAAGAUUGCGGCAACGCCAUAGAUGAAAAGAAAGUUGAGAAAAACAAGAAAAAGCAAAAAAGUAUUUUUAAAAGAUUUUAUGACUUGUUAGGUAUUGAUUUGCUCGUAAACAAUAUCCAAGGAAGGGCAGCGGUCGUGUUUAACUACAUGCAUGGUUUAGUACUACAGGAAUACCAUCCGACAAAAACGUUACGUAAGUAG